AUGUGCGGUAUCUUUGCGUGCCACCGUCACCCCGACGUUGAGAAAUUCAAGCCCACAGCCUUGAAGCUUGCCAAGGCUGUCAGGCACCGUGGCCCCGAUUGGAGCGGAAGCAUCAUCGCCAACAACACGAUCCUAUGCCAUGAGCGUCUCUGCAUUGUCGGCGUCGAGUCUGGCGCCCAGCCCCUGACGAGCACCGACGAGAACAUUGUCCUUGCUGUCAACGGCGAGAUUUACAACCACCGCCUCAUCCGAAAGCACCUCAAGCACUCAUACCACUUCAAGACCACCUCGGACUGCGAGGUUAUUAUCCCGCUGUAUAUGGAGUAUGGUCUCGACGCGCCGAAGCACCUCGACGGCAUGUUCUCGUUUGUUCUCUACGACAAGGAGCAGAACCGAACAGUUGCCGCCCGUGACCCCAUCGGCAUCACCACCUUCUACCAGGGCUGGAACUCCGAGCAGCCCGAGACUGUUUACUUCGCCUCUGAGCUGAAGUCCCUGCACCCCGUCUGCGACAAGAUCGAGGCCUUCCCUCCCGGACACAUUUACGACUCCAAGACCGGCAAGACGACGAGAUACUUUGAGCCCACCUGGUGGGAUGGCGAGCGCGUUCCCGAGAAGCCUCUCGACCUCAAGCUCCUGCGCGAGACCCUCGAGAAGUCUGUUAGGAAACGACUCAUGGCUGAGGUCCCGUAUGGUGUUCUGCUGUCCGGUGGCCUCGACUCCAGUCUCGAAGUCACCACUAUCCGCGCCUCCACCCCCAUGUACCUGCUCUAUCGCAAGAUCAAGGCCAUGGGCAUCAAGAUGGUGCUCAGUGGCGAGGGCAGCGACGAGGAGUUUGGCGGUUACCUGUACUUCCACGGCGCCCCCGACAAGAAGGCGCUCCACGAGGAGACGGUUCGCCGCGUCAAGAACCUGCACCUUUCUGACUGCCUGCGCGCCAACAAGUCGACGUCGGCCUGGGGUCUGGAGGCUCGCGUGCCCUUCCUGGACAAGGAGUUCCUUGAGGUUGCCAUGAACAUCGACCCUCAGGAGAAGAUGAUCACCAAGGAGAGGCUCGAGAAGUACAUCGUCCGCAAGGCCUUUGACACCUCGGACGACCCCAGCGCGGAGCCUUACCUGCCCGAGAAGAUUCUCUGGAGGCAGAAGGAGCAGUUCUCCGACGGUGUUGGAUACGGGUGGAUCGACGCGCUCAAGGACAACGCCGAGAAGCACGUGACGGACGAGAUGAUGAAGAACCCCAAGCCCGAGUGGGGCAACGAUAUCCCCGACUCCAAGGAGGCGUACUGGUACCGCACCAUGUUCGACGAGCACUUCCCCGCGUCGUGCGCGUCGACGGUCGUGAGGUGGACCCCUACCUGGUCCAAGCAGACCGACCCCAGCGGAAGAGCCAUUGCCAUCCACGAGCAAAAGUACGACACUGCAUGA